CAGCUUGUGCGGCUCACGAAAAUUCAACUCUCCUUCACUCGACAAUAUUCAUCAAUGCCAUGAGCGAAAACAAAGUAUGACUAGGUCAUCCCUCGCUUUCCUCCGCCCCUACCUCAGUCAUGCGAUUGCCCCUCGGUACACGCCGGACGCUGUACGGGUAUAUUGCGCGGUCCAAAAACGCUUCACAAGCCAAGGCGUGACAAAAGAACACGAAGGACCUGUUGACGUCGGAAAACAAAAACGACUCGAUCAAUUGCGCAAUUUGAAGCCAUUGGGAGCGUUCCACCCAAGGUUGGGGUCACAAAUAGACGUAGAGCCGCUGUCCGUCCAGAGCUUCUACUCCAAACAUGGCCACGUUGAGAAGACGGUGCCUGACCUCGUCUCGGUUCUCGGAAGAGUGCGGUCAAUACGGGUGCUGAGCUCAAAACUCAUGUUUGUCGACAUUGAGCGCGCGGGCCAUAUCCUUCAAGUCAUGGUUGAACGGAAAAAGCUUGAUAUGGUCUUUCGCCAAGGAGGCAUCAAAGACUUCCAGGCUGCUACCCGCUCUGGUGACUGGGUGUCUUUCACAGGUCAUCCAUCUCGCUCAAGUACAGGGCAAGUGCAGCUGGUCGCCUCACAGCCACCCGAGAUCGUGGCGCCUUGCCUACAUCAUCUGCCUGGAAAGGUGGAGAAUCCCGAGCUGCUCGCUCGUCAUCCUCACAUCCAUCAGCUCACCAGCAAAGAGCCUGGAGAGAUUCUACGGUUGCGUGCCACCAUCAACGAUCAUAUCCGCAAGUCCUUGUCGAACGAUGGUUUCCUGGAAGUGGAAACCCCAAUGUUCGAUUUCCGGGCUGGGGGGGCGAUUGCUCGGCCGUUUCAAACGGUAGCAAAUGAGCUGUCCAAUACCCCUCUUCGACUCCGGAUAGCACCGGAGCUCAAUCUCAAGCGUCUUAUUGUGGGAGGCCAAGAUCGAGUGUUCGAAAUCGGCCGCUCCUUCCGAAACGAAGGCGUCGAUAAUACGCACAACCCCGAGUUCUCCACCUGCGAGUUCUACGAAGUCGGUGCCACACUCCCGCAACUGGUCGAGCGAACGGAAAAGUUGGUGCGCGGCCUUCACGACACCAUCGAGUCGCUCCGCUCGACCCAAUUUCGAAGUCUGAAAUCCCCCACCGACAUCGACUUCUCCACACCUUUCAAGCGCCUCCCCUUCAUCCCCACAAUCGAAAGGGAAUGCGGCCGCAGACUACCCAACCUGUCCUCCGAAACAGCAACACAAGACAUCCUCACAUUCUUUCAGGACCUCAACAUUCCCGUGCCAACGAACCCAACACUCCCACGCCUCCUCGACGUUUUGGCAGAGACAUACAUCGAACCCCUCUGCCAAAACCCCACCUUCAUAACCUCCCACCCAGAAGCCCUCUCCCCACUCUCAAAAUCCUACCCCGACCCCUCAUCAAACGACCAACUAGUCGCCGCCCGCGUCGAGCUCUUCAUCAACGGCCGCGAAUACGUCAACGCGUACGAAGAAGAAAACUCGCCCUUUGAACAGCGCCGCAAGUUCGAGCAGCAGCUUGCGCUGCAGCCUUCCAGCGACGUCGACCUCCGCGACAAAGAAAUCGACGAGAGUUACCUCGAGGUCCUCGAGUGGGGCAUGCCGCCUACGGGUGGCUGGGGCUGCGGCCUCGACCGCCUUGUCAUGCUGUUCUCCGGGAAGAGGAGGAUCGCUGAUGUGCUGCCGUUUGGGACGUUGAGGAACGUGGUCAGUAUUGCCAAGAACGGUGCGGAGAAGAAGUAGAACGUCACCAGUGUGUGUAUAGUGUACUAUAUGUAGGAGUAUGAUGGAACCUUCCUGCUAGCAUCGUGUAAUUGAACAGAUACCCAUUACGCAUUGAUUUCCACUUCCUUCGAUGAUUCUCUCCACGCCAGAAUUCGUAAAGCUCAACCAUACAAUUUUUUUCCUGGACGUUAUAGAAGACUCGUAUCAUCAUAGCAUCCAAGCUCCUCGUCUAACACUCCUUCGUAUUCAAUCCCCACAACGUCAGUCAAGCUCAUCACUCUUAGCAUCACACCUUCAUCUCAUCCUUUUAUCUAUUCCAUAUCAAUUACACCCUCUCUUCUACCCUAGAUAUGAUCUGUUGCCUAGGAGAUUGAUGGUUGGUUCCAAAAUCCCGUUGCACCUUGAGUCUAGUAUCCUAUUUUAUUGCCUGUUUUCCUUGAAAGUGGAUAGAUCAUU